UACUGCUUAAUUCCGAGCUUGUAACGUGAAAUGCUUGUGAAAAAUAUUGAUUACUCUCUUUAUCUUGUCACUGACCGUUCACUUGUUCCUGAAGGAAAAACUUUUCUAGGACAAAUUGAACGCUCCUUGGAAGGUGGAGCUACGUUGGUUCAGUUACGUGAAAAAGAUACUGAAACUGGCCCUUUUAUUGAUUUCGCAAUCAAGGUUAAGGAAUUGACACGCAAACAUGGCGUUCCUCUAAUUAUCAAUGACCGUCUCGAUGUUGCUUUAGCUGUUGAUGCAGAUGGUGUGCAUAUUGGUCAAGACGACAUGCCUUUGAUCCAAGCUCGUAAGAUGUUAGGUCCUAAUAAGAUCAUCGGCGUUUCCUGUAACAAUGCCGAGGAAGCCGCUAUUGCCGUUCGUGAUGGCGCCGACUACCUUGGGAUUGGAGCAGUGUGGUUCACUGCAACUAAGAGUAACAUUAAGAAGCCUAUGGAAAUUGAAGGUGUAAAAGAGCUUCUCAAAACCUUGGAAAAAACGCCUAUUCCUACUGUUGCUAUCGGUGGUAUUAAUUCUGAGAAUGUAUGUCGCUUAAUUGAAGGUUCAUACACAGGCAACUUGCAUAUUAAUGGCGUUGCUGUUGUGUCCGCCAUUAUGGCUGCUGAUGAUGCUAAAGCCGCAACAGAAGAACUUGGUCAAUUGAUUCACAAUAGCUUUAAGAAAAUUGGUGUAAAUAAUGAUAAGCCCAAUGACAAUGUUUUGGAUUUUGCUGUUCAAGCUGCGAAAAAUGUGAAAGCUACAACACCUAUGGUUCAUCAUAUCACCAAUUACGUCGUUAUCAAUGAUAAUGCCAAUGCCACAUUAUCAGUUGGCGCUUCGCCUAUUAUGUCGACAAACCCUGAAGAAUUGGAAGAGCUUGCGGCAGUAAAUGGAGCUAUGCUUUUGAAUAUGGGUACUUUGAAUAACCUGGAUACAAUGUUUAGAGCUGCUAAAGCGAAUGCUAAGAAUAAAAAUCCUGUAAUUUUGGAUCCUGUUGGCUGUGGUGCCACUACUUUCAGAAAGGAAAUGGUGCGACGUUUCUUAACAGAAUGUGAUAUAACAGUGCUUAAAGGCAACGGGGCCGAAAUUCUCUCUAUUGCUGGUCUCGGUGGCAAAGCGCGCGGUGUUGAUUCAGUUGGUCAGGCAGAAGAAAACAUCAUGAUUGAAGCUGUUAAAAAGGUUGCGAAUGAUUACGGCUGCAUUGUUGGCUUGACUGGUCCAAUAGAUUAUGUUUCUGAUGGCAAGCACGUUAUCGCAAUUGAAAAUGGUGAUAAAUACUUGCCAUUGAUUACUGGAAGUGGUUGCAUGGUAUCAUCCGUUGUUAGCUGCUUUACCGCCGCUAACCGUGAUAACUAUUUACUGGCAACUGUUGCUGCUAUUCUUACUGUCACAGUUGCUUCCGAGGUUGCCGCUAAGCGUGAAUAUGUUAAUGGCCCAGGUACCUUCCGUUCUGCUCUCAUUGAUGAGUUAUAUAACCUCACAAAUUCGCCUGAAAAGCUUAAAGAACAUGCUCGUAUUCGCGUACUUUGUUAAGAUUAUACCAACUUUAUAGAAUCAUAAUCAUUCACGCAGCAUAAUACAUCGUUUACAU